UAUUUCUCGAAGAAAAAGUGUAAUCAUGACUGAAAUUAGUGCAAAAUCUCCGCCCGAAAAGCUGCCCACUAAAUUGCCGAACGUUUGCCGGGUAUGCUUGACCGAUACAGGGUCGCUCGAAGGUGAUUUCUACGAAAUAGCGGAUAUUUACUUGGGGAAAAACGACGAUUCCGCCAGCAUGCUUGCGCUUUCGGCGGUUCUUUCCCUUUUCAUCGAAGACGAGCUCAAGGGAGGAGAGUUGUUGCCGACAACUAUCUGCAAGUCCUGCGCCGAUAAAGCUCAAGCGGCCUAUAAAUUCAUCGACCAAUGUCGGCAAACGGACAAGGCGAUAAAGAACCGUCGCCGACCGUCAAGGGUGAGGAGGACGAAGACGUCUCUUGGUUUCCAGUUUCAGAAUCUGAACCGGAAGAGCAGAAUGAUAUCGAUAAGUUAA